AUGGCGCGAACACUAUGGAGGAGUUUAAUCUUAUUUUCACUACUCUUCUCUUGUGAAGCUUCGGACUCUGUAACAUUUGAAGUUUUCGAGGAACUCGAACCAGGAACAUUUGUGGGAGAUAUUUCAAACAGUACAACAGUUAAGGCACUGAACGCGAAUGAGAAUUUUAAACAGUUUAUUCUCAGCUUUCAGUUCCUUGUGAAUCAAGUAGCAUUCAGAAUAAACGCAAGUACAGGAAUAAUUCGCACCAAAACUAAGUUGGAUAGGGAAGACUUAUCACUUGUCGACGAUACUUUUCAAACUCAAGUGCGAGUAUCCAAAGGUUUUGGAAUCGUGAAUAUGCCGAUAGCGAUUAAAGUUUUGGAUAUUAAUGAUAACAGUCCAUAUUUUCAGGAAACAGUUCAGAACAUUGAAAUCUUGGAAUCUGCUCCGUUGGGCGCUGAGCUGGAAGUAACGGUUGCCGAAGACAAAGACAUCGGCAGCAACACAGUUCAAAGUUACAAAAUCAUCAGUGGAAACGAGCGGGGUGAUUUUAAGCUAAGAGUUUCUCGUCCUACUUCGGAACUCACGAAAGUCAAACUUGUGGUGGCGAAAAAGCUAGACCGCGAAAACAACGACAGCUAUUAUUUGGUGAUAGAAGCCAGAGAUGCAGGUAACCCGUCUAGAUUUGCGACCAAAGGUCUCGACAUAACUGUUCUUGACUCAAAUGAUCACAUCCCAAAAUUUAGCAAGGAUCUCUUCACCGGUGAAAUAAGAGAAAAUUCACCUAAUGGGACAUUUGUGCUUCAAGUUAAUGCUUCUGAUAAGGACUUGGGUACGAAUGCCGAAAUCGUCUUUUCUUUAAAAUCUCCACCACAAUAUGAAAACCUCUUCACGUUGGACGCGCAAACUGGCGAGUUGCGAACUAACGCUGUUUUGGAUUACGAGCUCUCUAAGGUUUACCAGUUGGAAGUUACAGCAAGAGACAAAGGUCCAGACUCAAUCCCUUCAAGUGCUGCUGUUAGAAUCCAGGUUAGUGUAAAAUGUUUACUU